AUGAAUACAAAUGGCCUUAGCCAAGAGCCUCCAAAUGCAGUGUGUCUCAAUACCACCACCUCUGCCUUCCUGCUUACGGGUUUCCCAGGUAUGGAGAAGUCACAUCACUGGAUCUCCAUCCCAUUAUUGGUAGCCUACAUCUCUAUACUUCUUGGCAAUGGCUCCCUUCUCUUUCUCAUUAGAGAUGACCAUAACCUCCAUGAGCCCAUGUACUAUUUCUUGGCUAUGUUGGCAGCAACAGAUCUUGGAAUAACAUUGACCACAAUGCCCACAGUGCUUGGUGUUCUGUGGUUGAAUCACAGGGAGAUUGGCCAUGGGGUCUGCUUCUCUCAGGCCUACUUCAUCCAUACUCUUUCUAUUGUGGAAUCAGGUGUCCUGCUCGCCAUGGCCUAUGACCGUUUCAUUGCCAUCCGCAGCCCCUUAAGAUACACCUCCAUCCUUACUGACACCCAGGUAAUGAAGAUUGGGAUAGGAGUACUGACAAGGGCUGGUCUGUCAAUUAUGCCAAUAAUUGUUCGCCUGCACUGGUUUCCCUACUGUUGAUCUCGUGUGCUCUCCCAUGCAUUUUGUCUGCACCAAGAUGUCAUCAAGCUAGCCUGUGGUGACACCACUUUCAACCGUCUCUAUCCAGUUGUGGUUGUAUUUGCGAUGGGCCUAUUGGACUGUCUCAUGAUUUUUUUCUCCUGCAUUUUGAUUCUCAAGACUGUCAUGGGCAUUGCUUCUAGAGAAAGGGCCAAGGCCCUCAAUACACGUGUCUCCCAUAUCUGUUGCAUCUUGGUCUUCUAUAUCACUGUGGUUGGUCUGACAUUUAUUCAUAGGUUUGGACAGCAUGCUCCUCAUGUGGUCCAUAUCACAAUGAGCUACAUCUACUUCCUUUUUCCACCUCUCAUGAACCCUGUUAUCUAUAGCAUUAAAACCAAACAGAUUCAGAGUGGUAUCCUUCGUUUGUUCUCUCUGCCUUGUUUUAGGGCAACACUUUGA